AUGGACUCCCCCGUCCUCAAUCAGCUGUUUCGGCAGCUCUUCCGCCAUCCAGCCUGUCAGUCAAUACGGAGACCACCGACUCUACUUUCUCGACCCCAGGCCCGCUCGUUUCUCACCCGGCGCGGACCAGCCAAGCGCAAGCCGCAAGAUGAAGUCCAGCUUUGGACCAAGCGGGGAGACUACCCCAAAGACAUCGACGAGGAGUACCGGAAAUUUCCUACGGUCACUGCUAAGGAGCUUCGGAAUCGCCGCGAACGACCGCGUCAGGUCAAGAUGUUGACGCGCGAGUUUAUCGACGACAGUCUCUAUAACCCACACUAUGGAUACUUUUCCAAACAUGCAACGAUUUUCAGUCCCGGCGAACCGUUUCAGUUCAAUUCCAUUGAAGAUGGCCCGGCCUUCCACAAACUCUUAGGAGAGCGGUACACCGAAUUUGAGGACAAGCUCGAUGAGACCAAUCCAGACAUCGCGCGCCAACUGUGGCACACACCCACAGAACUAUUCCGGCCAUACUACGGAGAAACCAUCGCGCGAUACUUGGUGUCAAACUACAAGCUCACGCUGUACCCCUACCACGACCUGAUCAUUUACGAAAUGGGUGCAGGAAACGGUACAAUGAUGUUGAACAUUUUGGAUUUCAUCCGCGAUACCGACUACGAGGUGUACCAGCGCACCAAGUUCAAGAUCAUCGAGAUCUCACCUGCGCUGGCAGAUCUGCAGUUCAAGAACUUGACCGACAAGCUCACUGCGAAGGGCCACCGUGACCGAGUCGAGAUCGUCAAUCGUUCAAUCUUUGACUGGGACACAUACGUGCACUCCCCGUGCUUCUUCCUUGCUCUCGAGGUGUUUGAUAACUUCGGCCAUGACACCAUCCGCUAUCAGAACGGCACGGAAGCCCCGCAACAGGGAGGUGUGCUGAUCGAUGCAGAGGGCGAGUUCCACGAAUACUUCAACAACCAGCUUGAUCCGGUUGCUGCUCGCUUCAUGCGUGUCCGUCAAGCUGCCGCCCGCAGACCUUUCCCAAGCCCCCUGGGCCCUCCACUGCUUCGUGGUCUUCGCUCCGCCGCUCCCUUCCAGAAGGAGUACACUCUGCCGGAAUACAUCCCGACCCGGUUGAUGCAGUUCUUCGACGUCUUGAACCAGUACUUCCCUGCGCAUCGUCUGAUUUCAAGUGAUUUCAGCUCCUUGCCUGAUGCUGUGCCUGGCAUCAACGCGCCAGUCGUGCAGACACGGUACCAGCGACGAACGGUGCCUGUCACCACUCCUUUUGUCCACCAAGGAUACUUCGAUAUCUUUUUCCCGACUGACUUCAAUGUCAUCGAGGAUAUGUACCGUGCCAUCACAGGAAAGCUGACUCAAGUCACGAGCCACGAGGAGUUCGUGCAUCGCUGGGCGUAUAUUGAGGACACGGAAACACGGAGUGGAGAGAACCCGCUGCUGAGCUGGUAUAAGAACGCUAGCAUGUUGAUGACUGUAUAG